AUGGUGUCGACAAGACAAAUGAGUAGUGUUGGGGGCGGCAGUGGAAGUAGCGAUGGUGCAGGUCCCUCUCACGCGGAGCCCGUGGCAGUAUCUCGCGUCACUCGUCAUUCAAGCGCUUUGAUGCCGGGGGGUUCAUCGCCUCACGCUAGUACUUCUAAAUGUACUGCAAUAAUGCCUGCUCCGAAGACCUACACAACUAACCUACUUGACCUACCAGUUGAAGUAAUAGAGAAGAUUUUUAGCUAUUUGGGAUUUAGGAGUGUCUCACAACUUAGAAUGGUCAACCGACAGCUUAAUUCAGUAUGUAGUACUAUACUUAAUUCUACAUUUCAACGGCUUCAAAAUCAGAUGUUGCAUAGAUUUCAAUCAAUCAAAGCGAAGAUGCCUCGAAGAGAAUCUGCUCGAAGAAGUCAUCCGUUGGCAUGUGAAUCAGACAUUAUUGAAACGCUGCAUAUGAGAUUAAGUUUGUUGCAGAUGACCUUUGGAAAACAUAUAGAGAGGAAACACUGCUGUUUCUUCCCAGGAGAGAUAUUAGAUGAGGUCUACAGUAUUUUAUCAUAUUUGAAAACAACAACAAAGCUCGCAAGACCGUACAAAGUAACUGAUGAACUCUUUGAUUUAACUACAAUGGCCAUGGAAUACUUCAAAGAACACAUUGAGCCUAACUUGCCAGAGAUCACAUAUUUUGGAACAGAUUUCUUUGACAUCACUACAGCAUUUUCACCGGGCGAGAGCAGUAAAUCUUACAUGUGCUUGGACUCCCCACCGCCGAGUGGCUUCGAAUCCUCUUCGUCUCAGCAGGCGGGCGCUUGCAGCGUGUCGGAUCGUCGCGUAUCCUCGCUGAACAUGUAUAUGGAAGAGAGCCUUCCACCGUCCCCACCACCACCGCAAAGCAACAUGGUGCUAAGAAAACGGAUACAUCGUAUCAAGCAGGGCAUGAAGAAGUACAACGAUCAACUGUCGGCGCUGCGCAGUGAUCUUCGUAGUUGCAAACGCAAGACCGCUCUCCAGCAGAAGCAGAUUGCCGAGCAACAAAAGCAGAUCGCGGAGCAGCAAAAACAGACUCUGGAAUAUGCAAAUCGCCUCGACGACUACGAUAAAAAAAAUGAGGAGACCAGUCGCAAGUUUCAAACCUUACUUCAGGAGUUGAACAAGUGCAAGACGGAGCUGCAGUACUGGCGCUCGCGCUCGCCCGCCGUGCCCCCGCUCUGCGCCGAGUGCGGCGCCGCGCUGCGCCUGUCGCCCGCCGCCUCGCCCGCCUCGCCCGCCUCGCCCGCCUCCUCGCUCGCACAGUGGACCGCGGGCUCCAGCACGGAAGCCACCGAGGCGGAGCCGAGCGUCACCGAAGCCGAGGCGGUCGCCGCCGCGAGCACCGUGCCCGACACGCCGACCGAUCUUUCGCGGCCCGAACCCAAACAGGACGGCAAAGCGAAGCCCGAAGCGAAAGCGGAGACCAAGGUCAAGGCCGAGCUCAAAGUAGAAACGAAAACUAAACUGGAGGUGAAACCGGAAGUGAAGUGUAAACCGGAACCGAAGACUGAAGUCGCGAUGGAUUGUACGACGUCGAGUCCGCCGUCCCGCCGCCGCGCGUCCGCGGACGCCAGCGGCGGCACGCCCGAGCGCAAGAAGCGCCGCCUCACGCGCCCGCGCAAGCUCUGA